AUGUCCUCUGACGCCUCGUCGCCCUGCUCUCCCUCUUCGGGCUGUGCUCCAUUUAACACCCCAGUCUCGUUUGGAGUACAGCCGCGCGCAAAUCCGCAGAGCUUCCAUCCCUCUUUCUUGCCAGUCAUCCGCCAUCUGGAGACGCCUCUGUCUCAACUCUUUUCCAGCACAACCGGCCUCCCUCAUCCCGACUUCCCUGUCACCAUUCUGGCUUACCACCUACUCACAUCGACUCAACUCGAUAGCCUCGCCUGCCACUUCCACCAGGUCUGGCCUUUUGUACCCGCAACUCUGUGGUAUCCCAUGCAGAUUGCCCCAUGGAUUGGCACGCCGGAGGAACAAGACGUGGAUCUACAAACAAAGCGACGACGGUUCGGACGAUUCAUCGGACUCGGAGGCUGUGAAACACCUGUCAUUGACAAUGGAUCCUUCAGUCAUACAGAUCAAACCGAUACUGAGACUGCCUCUGUGUUGGAAUGGAUGGAACAGCAGUGGGAGGAUGCUUUGGCGAGAGCCAGGAACGAGCGACGGUUCGACGGGAAGAAUCCUUGA